UUUUGUCUACUUGCGUCCACCAGACCCAGACGGCAGAGACGGAGGUAAUGUGAAUGUUGCCAAAACAAAGAAAAGUGGAAUACAAGAAACAACGAGCAAACUACUAAUUGGCAACGUGCUGUAGGCGAAAGUAGAAGCCGUGAGUGCAAUAGAAAUAAAAGGUUUGUAUCCGGAAAAUUGAGUUGCUGAAAUGCAUUUCUGGAUAGACAAACGCUCACAGCAGUGCGGGUUCGGGAGAUCUCGUGUUGCCGCCUCGCUUUCAGGUGCCGGCGGUUCUGGAGUGGGUCUUAGUUUCGGACAUCCACCACGUCGUUUAGGUGGCGGUAGUGGCAGUAAAGCGGCCAGCAGGAGCAAUGCAUUACCAGACUGUCAUCACAGUAAUGGGCCCAGCAGCAGUAGCAGCCGUAGUCAUCAAUACUACCACCAACAACAUCAGCAGCUUCCGCAUCAACAGCAACACCAACAGCUGCAGCCACAGCUCACCAAUAACAACAAUAACUUCAAUGGCGGCAGCAACAAUUACCAGCAAUCCCAAGCGCACAGCAGCAACAAUAGCAAUUAUACAGGAAACAUCAACACCGCCAACAUCACCGCCAAUGCAACUGCCGCCUCCGGCGCUACAAUACAAUCAACCACCACCUCGGUGACGCUCAACAACAAUCCCCACCAAUAUGCUUGUCAGCAGCAGGCUCAUCAUCAGGGCACUGGCUCGGUGCCGGGCCAUCAUUAUGCGCUUGGCAAUAGCAAUGUCAUGAACAACAACAAUGCCAACACUUCUACGUCCACGGCUGUAGGGGCCGAAGUACGCGGCACAACGCCUGCAACACAUAAUUUCAAUCAACGCGGCGCUGCAAUGCUGCAAAAUAGUAUGGGCUCAACCAAUGCGCCGCUCUAUCAACAACAACAUGCCAAUCAAUGCUACGAUAUGCGCAGCUAUCAUCAUCCUCAAUUCGGUAAUAUGUCUGUGCGGCACUAUCAAUACGCCGGCCGGAAUUGCAAUGGUCCAACGCAUGUGAACGCAAACCCCGCAGCGCACGCUUAUCGCAGUGGUAACAGCAGUGGUACAAGGACAAUUGUUGGCGCCACGAGCGCUCUGCCCUCACAACACAUCGACCAAAUGUCAUAUCGACAACAACACGGUUACAGUCACUCCGCAUCUGCACAAUCGAACGAGUCCGUAAUGGGCGGAUCAGCACCCAUUUCUACUAAUACCACAAACACGGCAAGUUACGCCGUGGCUAAUACAGCGCAUCGCUACAACUCCGCCGUAAAUAUGCGCACCAGCAAUAUGACAGUGGAUACGGGCGGUGGUGACGCUCAGUUGCUACCGUCACAUCUCAAGUGUGGCAUGUGUGCUUCACUGGUGCUAGCUUCGGUAUUUGUGGCAGGUGCAAAAUUUUAUUUCGAUCAUCAAGGCACCGGGUUGGAGGUAUUGAUCUUUUGUGCUUUCUCAGCUACAUUCUUUUUGGCUGCCUGCACAGUUUCUCUGUGUCGCGUCCCAAAAGGUCUACUACCAAGUGGGCGCAAUUCUGUGUUGAGCGCCCAACAUCAUACUGAUGUCGAGGGAGGUAUCCAUUGCUCACGAGCACCGUACGGUAGACGCGAUAUAAUAAGCGCCGACAGUGGUGGCGGUGGUGGUGGCGACUUGGUUGGUUCGGAUGAUAUACAUGGCGCACCAUUAUGUGGCCAACUACAGUUAAUUGAAGAUUCAGCUAGUGCUGGCCCACCACCAUAUCAUAUAGCAAUCUAUUUUCCGGAGAGCGAACACAGUGGAAAAGCAAAAGAUACCCCGAUCGAUGAUGAAUCACCGCCGCCGUCCUACGAUAAAAUAGUUAUCUAAACUUAUUAAAUCUUUGGUGAUAAUUACACAGAAAAUUACGAGAAUGUGGUAGAGAGGUGCACAUGUAGUAUCAUACUCAAAUACCAUCUAUUUUAUAAACAUAAUUAAGUAAUUACAUUUAAUAUUACGUCUUUCUGCAAGGGUUUUAGGCUAUCAAAAAUAAAAUUAUUGUCUUAACAGAAUUUUAUUGCAGCUCCGAAAUGUUUGGUUUAGGACAACUUACGGAAUUAUAUUUCAAUUCUUCCCUUGUCCCUUUAAUACGGCAAAGUUUCAAAUUAUACUCAAACCAAAUUUAGCAGGGAAUUAGUUGGCUUUGAAGGGUGUACACAUUACGUUAUUAAUACACUAUCGAUUCUUAUCGAUAUACGUGUAUGAUUAUCAUGUAAUAAAAAAUAACUUCCGAUGGAAAAUAUGAAAAUGCGAAAUGCAAUCUACAUGACGUUAAUGAUAUCUGCCAAUUAUUCAUUAUCAUUAGACCC